GGAAAGGAAACAAAAGAAAAAGAAGAAAGCAAAGGGCGUGGAAAUAGUGAGAGCUCACGGAAAAAGGAAAGAUUUCUCGAGCUCGCUCUCUUUCUCUCUCUCUCUCUGCCGGAUCUUCUCGUCUCCUCCUUACGGAAGCCUUGCUAUAGUUGGGGUAGUUUUCCCGAUUUGCCCGUGUAGGGUUCCGAUUGGGUCCGACGCGAUUCUACCCUCCGCGAUGUUCUGAUUCGUGGAGGAGAAGGUCCGGAGACGGCCACCCGCCUCGAUCCUUGAUCGGUACCCUCGAAAUCCCUACCCUGGUGCGCCCGGGCGACAUGACCGACGCCUUGUCCUUGAUCCCGGCGUCCGUUCUCCGGAACCUUGCUGAUAAGCUAUACGAGAAGCGGAAGAAUGCGGCCCUCGAGAUUGAAGGGAUAGUCAAGCAACUCGCGGUGGCCAGGGAGCAUGAGAAGAUAUCGGCCUUGAUUAACCUGUUGACCACAGAAUUCGCUUACUCGCCUCAGGCAAACCAUAGGAAGGGUGGCUUAAUAGGGUUUGCAGCAGCUACUGUUGGAUUGUCUGCGGAAGCUGCUCAGCAUCUUAAGCAAAUUGUACCACCGGUACUCAAUUCUUUUGCUGACCAAGACAGCAGAGUUCGCUAUUAUGCUUGUGAAGCAUUGUAUAAUAUUGCAAAGGUUGUAAGAGGAGAUUUUAUAAUCUUCUUUAACAAGAUAUUUGAUGCACUAUGUAAGCUUUCAGCAGACUCAGAUCCUAAUGUUCAGAGUGCAGCUCAUCUUUUAGACCGGCUCAUAAAAGAUAUUGUGACAGACAGUGACCAAUUCAGCAUAGAAGAAUUUAUACCACUUUUAAGGGAGCGCAUGAAUGUGCUUAACCCUUACGUACGACAAUUUCUAGUUGGCUGGAUCACUGUGUUGGAUAGUGUUCCAGAGAUUGAUAUGCUUGGCUUCCUUCCUGAUUUUCUUGAUGGUUUGUUUAACAUGUUAAGUGACUCCAGUCAUGAAAUACGACAGCAAGCAGAUUCUGCGCUUUCUGAGUUUCUUCAAGAAAUAAAGAAUUCUCCAAAUGUAGAUUAUGGUCGUAUGGCAGAAAUUUUGGUACAAAGGGCAGGUUCUCCAGAUGAAUUCACUCGGUUGACAUCAAUCACAUGGAUUAAUGAGUUUGUAAGACUUGGUGGAGAACAACUUGUUCCUUACUAUGCAGAUAUUUUGGGAGCUAUAUUACCUUGCAUAUCUGACAAGGAGGAGAAGAUAAGAGUAGUUGCUCGUGAAACCAAUGAAGAGCUUCGUGCCAUUCGAGCUGAUCCAGCUGAUGGAUUUAAUAUCCAUGCCAUCCUUUCUAUUGCAAGGAGAGACUUAACCAGUGAAUGGGAGACUACUCGAAUUGAAGCGCUGCAUUGGAUAGCAACGCUUUUGGCUCAGCAUCGAACUGAGGUCAUUUCAUAUUUGAAUCAUACAUAUGACUCCUUGUUGAGUGCACUUUCAGAUUCUUCGGAUGAGGUUGUCCUCUUGGUGCUUGAUGUGCAUGCUUGCAUAGCAAAAGAUACUGAAUACUUUUGCCGCCUUGUUGAGCUAGUAGUCUAUAAUUUUAAAAUUGACCGUGCACUUCUCGAAAGGCGUGGGGCUAUGAUUGUACGCCGACUUUGUGUCCUUUUGGAUGCAGAACGUGUUUACCGAGAAUUUUCCUUAAUUUUAGAGGGUGAAUCAGACUUGGAUUUUUCAUCGGUUAUGGUUCAGGCAUUGAAUUUGAUUUUACUUGCAUCAUCAGAAUUGGCUGGGUUGCGAAUUCUCCUAAAGCAUUCAUUGGUGACAUCUUUGGGCAUGGACUUAUUUGUAUCAUUGUAUUCUUCUUGGUGCCAUUCACCGAUGGCAACAAUCAGUUUGUGUUUACUAGCGCAGGCAUACAAUCAUGCCAGUUCUGUAAUCCAGUCACUAGGGGAAGAAGACAUCGAUGGAAAGUUCUUGGUGCAGCUGGACAAAUUAGUUCGACUUCUUGAGACUCCAAUUUUUGCUUACUUGAGAUUGCAGCUUCUUGAGCCUGGAAAACAUACAUGGCUAUUGAAGACUCUGUAUGGUCUUUUAUUGCUCCUGCCACAGCAAAGUGCAGCAUUCAAGAUAUUACGGACUCGUUUAAAAACUGUACCAUCUUACGCAGUCAGUAUUGAACAACUAAAGCAUUCAUCAUCAGGAAACCCAUAUUCCCAGAUUUUACAAAUAAUGGAGGACAAUAAAACUCAAGAUGCUGCAAAUGUUUGUAAUGCAAUCAACUUUCCUGCAAGGCUGCAACAGUUUGAGCAAAUGCAGCGCAGGCAUCGGGUGCAUUCUAAAUCUCAUCUGAUGUCCCUCAAUUCUACAUCCUCAGCUGUUUCACAGGAAAUACAAAUACUCGAAGAAUCACACCAUUCUUCCCCUCUUCCUGAGAUUUCUAGAUUAUCAUUGAACAUGCCAGAGCAAUCAAAACCUUGAAUGCCUGUUAUUCUUGCAUCUGCUUCAGGCCUCGGCAGUGAUCUCAGCUUCUUAAUUGCCUGCACCAUGGCAAUAAGAUUUAUUUCUGUGACCGGAUCGCCCGGUAUAAAGUUGUAUAUCUUCUCAAUUUGUAUUAGAGCUUGUCCUGUUGGUGGUGGCUAGGAUUGCGAUGAACGGUACACAGUCUGACAUCUUGUCAGCCAUUCUUUUCUGCUUAGGCAUGAUCUGCUCAUGUGGUUUUGUAACUUUUUUCCUAAUUAGAAUACCAUAUGAGCCCUAGGUCUUCUGGUGAGAUCCAGUUCUUUGAACUGUUUAGCUGAGGCCACAAUCCCAAAUGCAAUUAGAAAUUGUACAUUGUAGUCUUUGUGCCUCGUGGAAUAUAGUCUAUUGUCAUCAUCAUCAUUAUCAUUAUUAUUAUUAUCAUUAUAUUCUAUUUCCACUUAUUUGGGAGUCUUUUUUUUCUUUGGUUCUUAUAGUUGUAACGCGAACCAGUACAAUAUUAAUGAUCAACUGGCUGCAAUUAUUUCCAACCUUAA